AUGGCCCUCGACCGCCGCCUUGGUCGGGUCAUCGUUGUCGCUGUCGUCUUCAUGACUAUCAUGCUCUUCCUUCAACCCACUCGACCGUACCUAGGGACCGCCGAUUCCGAGAACCCGCUAGUCGCAAAUAGCCGUCCCGAAAUCCGCUUCAAACCAAGCAGCUUCGACUGGACCACCGUGGUCCAACGACAUCCCGUCUCUUCGAUCCGACCGUUGCCCACCGGCGCGUCGCAACCGCUCCAGCCCGUCCAGCAUGCAUUCCCGAAUUACGUACACGACGCGACAACGAAGCGCCGACAACAGACAGUCCGCGCUGCCUUCGUCAAGAGCUGGGAGAGUUACAAGAAGCAGGCGUGGUUGCGGGAUGAGCUGGCGCCCACCACCAUCCGCCAUCUCGCCGGCUUGCUCAGCGCCUACGAUCUGAGCGGCGAGCCGGCGCUGCUGGAGAAGGCCAAGGAGCUGGGCAACAUGCUGUACAUGGCCUUCGACACUCCGAAUCGUAUGCCCGGCUUCUGGUUCAACUUCCAGGAUGCCAAGGAGGGGCGACAGACCGCUGGCACCAACGACCCUUCCGCGAGUCCCUGUUCCCUCUCUCUCGAAUUCACCCGUCUGUCGCUCUUGACGGGGGACCCCAAGUUCUACGAUGCCGUCGCCCGCAUCAGUGACUUCCUCGAGCGGUCCCAGAGCGAGUCCAAGCUGCCCGGCAUUUGGCCGAAGCUGAUCAACUUCCGCGAACAAGCCGUCGACACUGAGAUCGGCUUUACGCUCGGUGCGCUUGCGGACUCGCUGUACGAGUACCUCCCCAAGAUGUCGGCCUUGCUCAGUGGGCGGGUACCGGCCUACGAGAAGAUGUACCGCGCGGCGAUGAAGACUUCCAAGCAACAUAUGCUAUUCCGGCCCAUGGUCCCACUCAGCGACGACGACGAGGGACAAGAUGUACUGUUCGCGGGCGACGCCUAUGUGCACCCGGACCGCAUCGAUCACAUCGCCGAAGGCCAGCAUCUGUCUUGUUUUGCUGGUGGCAUGUUCGGCCUCGGCGGGAAACUCUUCGAUAUCCCGGAUCACGUCGACAUCGGCGAACGGCUGGCGCGUGGCUGCGCGUGGGCAUACAACGCGUUCCCAACGGGGUUAAUGCCCGAGAUAUUCAACGUCGUUUCCUGCGAUUCCAUCGAUGGUCCUUGCGCCUGGGACGAGGAGCGGUGGCAGAGCGAAGGGGGCAAGAGGAUGCCCAAGGGCUUCAAGAGUGCCCAUGAUCCGCGGUACAUCCUCCGGCCGGAGGCCAUCGAGAGCAUCUUUCUGCUGUAUAGGAUGACUGGGAAGGAGGACUUCCGGGACCUGGCCUGGCGCAUGUUCGAGUCGGUCAUGAGGGCGACCGAGACGCCGCUUGCGAACUCGGCCAUUGCCGACGUGACGGUCGAGGGGAAGACCACCAAGACGGAUUCCAUGGAGAGCUUUUGGCUCGCCGAAACGCUCAAGUAUUAUUACUUGAUCUUUUCGCCCCCCGACCUCAUCAGCUUGGACGAGUUUGUCCUCAACACCGAAGCCCACCCCUUCCGACGGGCGAAGAGCACGACAUCAUUAUAG